AUGAUUUAUCAAAAUAAAUUGAUAAAUACAAUUAUAACUUCUUCAAUCGACAAUGAUAAUAAAAUAAUUUCAACAAUUUUAAAUAAUAAUAAUAAUUCAAUUAUUGAUAAAUUAACAAAACUAAAUGAAUAUAAAAAUCAGAUCUUAAAACUCGAUAAUCAAACAAUUAAUAAUAUUAAAAAUAGUUUUGAAUCAAUAUUCUCUUUUGGUUAUAUUCCUAAUGAUGUUACUGAUAAUAGUAAUAAUAAUAAUAAUAAUAAUAAUAAUAAUAAUAAUAAUAAUAAUAAUAAUAAUAGUAAUAAUGAUAAUAACAAUAACAAUAACAAUAAUAAUAAUGAUAAUGAUAAUGAUAAUAAUAAUAAUAAUAAUAAUAAUAAUAAUAAUAAUAAUAAUAAUAAUAAUAAUAAUAAUAAUAAUAAUAAUAAUAAUAAUAAUAAUAAUAACAAUAGUAAUAAUAAUAAUAAUAAUAAUUUAAAGUUAAAUAACUCAAUCAAUAAAAAUAAAUUCAUUAAAAUGUCUGAUCACGAUUUUUAUAUAUAUUCAGAGAAUGAUGAAUCAUCUAUAUUGUCUGGAGAUUUUGAAAGUUUAGCAUUCAAAGACAAUUGUAACAUCUUAUCAAAGCUAACGAAAUUACCAAACAAAGUUUUGCUUCUAAAUGGAUUCAAUCAAAAAUUAACCAAAGGUAUAAUACCAGAAGGUGUUAAAGAGUUGUAUAUAUCUAAUAUAAAACAAGAAUUAAUUAUUGAUUCAAUUCCUAAUACUGUAACAACUGUUGGCUUAUGUGAUGGAUUCAAUCAAAAAUUAACCAAAGGUAUAAUACCAGAAGGUGUUAAAGUGUUGUAUAUAGGUAAUAUAAAACAAGUAUUAAUAAUCGAUUCAAUUCCUAACAAUGUGACAACUGUUGGCUUAUGUGAUGGAUUCAAUCAAAAAUUAACCAAAGCACACAAAAUGAAAGAAAGUGAAGAUAUAAUUAUAAAUAAUCAAAAUAGGUGUACACUUCAUCCAAAUAAAAAUUUAGAAUUUUUAUGUUUGGAUUGUAAAUUUAUGCCAUGUUGCAGUCUUUGUACGUCUCGUAAAGGUGAACAUCAUGGUCAUAAAACUGAUUCAUUAGAAUCAUCAGCAUCAAAUAUUCAUUCAUUAAUUAAUGAUUUUAAAGAUAAUAUCUAUCCAAAAUUAAUUGAAAGAAAAGAAAAUGAUCAAAUAUUAUUAAAAGAAUCAAAUGAAACUUUCAAAGAAAUUCAAUCACAAAAUGAUGAUAAUAAUAAUUUAUUAAAAAAUGAAUUUAAACAAAUUCACAAUAUACUUUCAUUUGUUGAAUUGGAUAUCGAAAAACAACUAUCAACAAACUUAGAUCAAAAUAUAUUGAUAAAUACAAUUAUAACUUCUUCAAUCAACAAUGAUAAUAAAAUCAUUUCAACAAUUUUAAAUAAUAAUAAUAAUUCAAUUAUUGAUAAAUUAAAUUAUUUUACACAAAUUAAUAAUCAACAAGAUAAUGACGACAAUGAUGAUUGCUAUCAAAUUGAUACAGAUACUAUUGAAUUAAUUAAACAAUAUCAAAACUCAUUAUUAAUAUUAAAAAAUAGCAAUAAUAUCAAUAAUUUAACAAAACUAAAAGAAUAUAAUAAUCAAAUCUUAAAAUUCGAUAAUCAAACAAUUAAUAAUAUUAAAAAUAGUUUUAAAUCGAUAUACUCUUUUGGUGAUAUUCCUAAUGAUGCUAUUGAUUAUAACAUUAAUAAUAAUAAUAAUAAUAAUAAUAAUAAUAAUAAUAAUAAUAAUAAUGAGUUAAAUAACUCAAAUAAUAAAAAUGAAUUCAUUAAAAUAUUGAAUCACAAUUUUUAUAUAUAUUCAGAGAGUGAUGAAUCAUCCUUUUUGACUGAUGAUUUUGAAAGUUUAGCAUUCAAAGACAAUUGUAACAUUUUAUCAAAACUAAAGAAAUUACCAAACAACGUUUUGCUUCUAAGUGGAUUCAAUCAAAAAUUAACCAAAGGUAUAAUACCAGAAGGUGUUAAAGUGUUGUAUAUAGGUGAUAUAAAACAAGAAUUAAUAAUUGAUUCAAUUCCUAAUACUGUAACAACCGUUGGUUUAUGGUAUGGAUUCAAUCAAAAAUUAACCAAAGGUAUAAUACCAGAAGGUGUUAAAGAGUUACGUUUAGGUGAUAUAAAACAAGAAUUAAUAAUUGAUUCAAUUCCUAGUACUCUAACAACUGUUAUUUUAUGUGAUGGAUUCAAUCAAAAAUUAACCAAAGGUAUAAUACCAGAAGGUGUUAAAGUGUUGUAUAUAGGUGAUAUAAAACAAGAAUUAAUAAUUGAUUCAAUUCCUAAUACUGUAACACGUGUUAGGUUAUUAGAUGGAUUCAAUCAAAAAUUAACCAAAGGUAUUAUACCAGAAAGUGUUAAAGAGUUACAUAUAGGUAAUAUAAAACAAGAACUAAUUAUUGAUUCAAUUCCUAAUACUGUAACAACUAUUACUUUAUGUGAUGGAUUCAAUCAAAAAUUAACCAAAGGUAUAAUACCAGAAGGUGUUAAAGAGUUGUAUAUAGGUAAUUUAAAACAAGAAUUAAUUAUUGAUUCAAUUCCUAAUACUGUAACAACUGUUAGGUUAUGUGAUGGAUUCAAUCAAAAAUUAACCAAAGGUAUAAUACCAGAAGGUGUUAAAGAGUUGUAUAUAAGAGAUAUAAAACAAGAAUUAAUAAUUGAUUCAAUUCCUAAUACUGUAACAACUGUUAUUUUAUGUGAUGGAUUCAAUCAAAAAUUAACCAAAGGUAUAAUACCAGAAUGGGUUAAAGGGUUAUGUUUAGGUGAUAUAAAACAAGAAUUAAUAAUCGAUUCAAUUCCUAAUACUGUAACAACUGUUAGGUUAUUAGAUGGAUUCAAUCAAAAAUUAACCAAAGGUAUAAUACCAGAAAGUGUUAAAGAGUUGUAUAUAGAUGAUAUAAAACAAGAACUAAUAAUCGAUUCAAUUCCUAAUACUGUAACAACUGUUAGGUUAUUAGAUGGAUUCAAUCAAAAAUUAACCAAAGGUAUAAUACCAGAAUGGGUUAAAGAGUUACAUAUAGGUGAUAUAAAACAAGAAUUAAUUAUUGAUUCAAUUCCUAAUACAUUAAAUAAUGUCUAUAUUUAUAAAAGUUGUAAAAAAUUAAUUUAUUCUUUCGUCCCUGUAAAUGUCAAAAUAGUAAACAUAUAA